AUGCCACAUUGGACUACUCUAGUCGCAGAAAAGAAGCAGAGGCAACUACAGUCAAUUCCUCAGGAUUGGCUUGUGACCCCGCCUCCAGACUCUACUCUGGAUGUCACUAGUUUUCCAGAGACGUGUGGGCUUUUGAAUGCGAGAGAAAUUGAGAUCACCAAUACUUCUGUGGAUGCUUUGUUGGAGAGACUUGCGAGUGCGGAGUGGACAGCUGUAGAGGUGACGACUGCGUUCUCCAAGAGGGCUAUUGUUGCCCAUCAGCUUGUCAAUUGCUUGACGGAAAUUUUUGUUGAUCGUGCAUUGGCCCGAGCGGCUGAGCUCGAUGAUUACUUGAAGAAGACAGGGAAGGUCGUUGGUCCACUUCAUGGGCUGCCAAUAUCUCUCAAGGACCAAAUAUGUAUCAAGGGACUAGAAACCAUUAUGGGUUAUGUGUCGUGGAUUGGGCAAUACGCAGAUAAAAACGCAGUGCUGGUGGACGUUCUGAUUGAAUGCGGAGCCGUGCCAUUCGUCCGCACUAACGUUCCGCAGACACUCAUGUGGCCAGAAUCCUUCAAUAGUGUCUUCGGCCGGACGACCAACCCAUACAACCGCUCUCUGACCUCGGGUGGAUCAUCAGGAGGAGAGGGUGCCUUGAUUGCCCUCAAAGGAAGCCCUCUGGGAGUCGGUUCGGAUAUCGGAGGCUCUAUUCGUAUUCCCUCUGCAUUCUGCGGCUUAUACGGCCUGAGACCGUCAUACUGGGCGUACUCGGUCCCCUCCGUGUUCGGUCCUAUGACAAACAGCCUCGGCGGGGUCAAAGCCUUCAUGAAAGCUGUCGUUAACGCCAAACCAUGGCUCAAAGAUCCUCUUGCGGUUCGGAAGAAAUGGGACGAAGACGAGUAUAAUCUCGCGGACCAUGGAUAUGGCAAAGAUCUGUGCUUUGCGAUCAUGUGGAACGAUGGUGUUGUUGUUCCCCACCCACCCAUAAGGAGGUCUCUGGAAAUCACAAAAGCAGCUACUCCAGAAGGCGGGCCACAAAGCAGCACCGUGCAGAGCGACAUCUGGAACGCCGGUUCCCCCGAGGACUUCAUGAUCACUACCUCUGUCACAGGGGAGCCAAUAAUUUCGACAAUGGAGCUGGAUGACGCAGAUCCCGCGGUAUCAGGAUUCCGUCCGCAGAACGGCGGUAUCACAGCGUACAAGCUCUGGCAAGUACAGAAACUGCGUCAAAAUAUCCGGAAGGAAUAUCUAGACCACUGGGAAGCAACUGCAUCAGAGACUGGGACAGGACGGCCUGUCGACGCUAUCAUCUGUCCGGCCGCACCGUUUGUGGCGACUCCCCAUGGGAAGAACAAGUACGCCAACUACACCACCGUUUGGAAUUCGCUCGACUAUCCCGCUGCGAUUUUCCCUGUGACCACUGUCGACUCCACUCUCGAUGGGCAGGAGCCUCCCCAUGGUUUCUAUGAUGAUUUCGAUAAAUACGUGUACGAAAUGUACGACCCGGAGAAAUUCAAGAACGCCCCUGUUUGUUUGCAACUUGUUGGUCGGACUCUGGAGGAAGAGGCGGUCAUAAAAAUGACAGAAAUUGUCGAUGCGGCACUGACAGCCACAAAAUAA